AUGGGAUUCGUCAAAAGGGUUGAAGAAGUUACCAACGAUGUGUUUGAUGACAUUGGUCUGAUGAAGGGGGAACCCAUCAAGAUCAAACUGAAAGACAAUGCUCAAUCAUACAGCGUCCAAACAGCGCGGUGGAUCGCCAUUCCUAUGCUACCAAAAGUGGAAGCCGAGCUGAAGAGGAUGGAAGAAAACGGUGUCAUUGCCAGUAUCACAGAAGCUACAGAAUGGUGUCCUCCAAUUGUGCCAGCAACCAAGAAGAAUGGAAGUCUCAGAAUCUGUGUGGAUCUGAAAAGACUGAACGAAGCUGUAGUUCGCGAGAGAUACAUCCUACCGACAUUGGAUGACAUAUCCGCGAAGAUGGUGGGGGCAAAAGUCUUCUCCAAGUUAGACUUGUCCAACUGCUUCUGGCAAUUUGAACUUGAACCAGAGAGUGCAAAGCUGACAACUUUCAUAACUCCAUUCGGACGAUUCUACUUCAAAAGACUGCCAUUUGGAAUUACAAGUGCCAGUGAGAUUUGUCAACGCAAGAUGAAGGAACUUCUCUGCGGAAUCGUCGGAGUAGAAGUCUCCACAGAUGACAUCAUCAUCUGGGGCAGUUCAACAGAAGAGCAUGACUCCAGACUGGACCAGGUCCUCGCAAGAAUCAAGUCUUCAGGAAUGAAACUGAACAAAGCAAAAUGCAUCUUCCACCAGGAAAGUGUGGAAUUUCUCGGCAACGUGAUCACAGGCGAAGGAACCCUACCUGAUCCGAAGAAGGUUGUGGCAAUCAAUGACAUGAAAGGUCCAACAAAUGUGUCCGAGCUAAAACAGUUUCUUGGUAUGGUGAACUUUCUGGGAAAGUAUGUGCCAAACCUCUCAGACAUCCUUCAGCCGCUAAACAGUCUGCUGAUAUCUGAUACUGUGUGGACAUGGGAUCACAGUCAGAAAGAAGCCUUCCAGAACGUGAAGAAGCAGAUUUCCUCACCACCGAACCUUGCGUUCUACGAUGUGACAAAGCCUGUCAUCGUGAGUGCAGAUGCAAGCAGCUACGGCAUCGGAGGGAUACUUCUACAAGAACAUGGAACAGAGUUGAAGCCUGUUGCCUUUUGCUCUAGAACUCUGAGUGAUACGGAAAAGCAUUACGCUCAGAUCGAAAAAGAGUGUCUUGCUAGUGUCUGGACUUGUGAGAAAUUCCAGAAAUAUCUCAUUGGACUUGAACGCUUUCGGCUGAUCACGGACCACAAGCCACUGGUACCCAUCAUCAACAAGAAAGACAUCGACCAAGUGCCACCCAGAAUACAGAGACUACUCAUCAGGAUGAUGAAGUUCACUCCUGUGGCAGAGCACAUGCCUGGCAAGAGUUUGGUUGUCGCUGACACACUAUCAAGAUUUCCUGUCGGUAAACCAGAAUCAUCUGAACUGGAGAACGAAAUCACAUCACACAUUGACUCGUUUGAAGUCAACCUACCCGUGUCUGAUGUGAAGCUGGAAAGAAUCCGGGAAGCCACAAAAGAGGAUCCCGAAAUGCACUUGUUGACGUCGUGCAUCAUUGAUGGAUGGCCGAGCCACAGUCAGAACAUAAGAGCGAGCUUGGGGUCAUACUACAGAGACAGAAGCCAUUUGAGUGUGUGCAACGGACUUGUUACAUUCAAUGACCGUAUUGUGAUUCCAAAGGCAAUGCGGAAAGAGAUCCUGAACUGCCUACAUGAAGGACACCAGGGUGUGACCAAGUGCAGAAAUCGUGCAAGACAAACAGUCUGGUGGCCCGGUGUUGGGAAAGACAUUAAACAUUGCGUGGAAUCUUGCGAGUUCUGCCAGAACAACCGACCAGCACAUCGCAAAGAACCUCUGAAGACAACACUGCUACCACCUGCACCAUGGGAGAAACUUGGGAUGGACCUGUGUGAACACCAGGAGAAGCACUUCCUUGUCGUAGUUGACUACUACUCUCGCUUUAUCGAAAUCCUUCACCUGCCAUCGACCACCAGCAGAAGUGUAAUCCUGAAGUUGCAAUCGGUAUUCGCACGGUUCGGAAUUCCAAAAGAAGUAGUAAGUGACAACGGACCUCAGUUCUCAUCCAAGGACUUCAAGGACUUUAGUGAAAGUUACGGAUUUUCACACACUACGAGCAGUCCUCGAUUCCCUCAGGCCAAUGGUGAAGCUGAAAGAGCUGUCCAAACAGCUAAACGUAUCCUGAAACAGAGUGACCCCACUCUAGCCCUGUUGAACUAUCGCUCAACUCCUAUUGAAGCCACUGGAUAUAGCCCUGCUCAUCUUCUCAUGGGAAGACAACUGAGAACCAAACUUCCUUCCCUGCAGCAGAAACUGUAUCCAGGGAAAGCAGAUCCUGUACAAGUGCAAGAGUCAGACAAAGCAGCCAAGAAUGCCUACAGGUAUCACUAUGACAAACGCCACUCUGCAAGACUGCUCCCAGAACUGAAGCCUGGCGACAAAGUCAAAGUGAAACUGGAUAUACAGAAAGACUGGAACUAUCCCGGUGUGGUGGAGAAAAACUGUACUACUCCACGCUCUUAUCUCGUUGCUACACCAAAAGGAGUACUGCGCAGGAACCGCUGCCAUCUGAUGAAAGUUCCUGACAAUGAUAAACAAGCCGAACCUGCUCCGGACAUCGAGAAUCCGCUGCCAGAGACCGAACCAGCAGCUAAGACUUUCUCACCUAAUGUUACCACCCCUGAGAGUAGCACCCCGUCGAGAAUCACCACCAGAUCAGGCCGCGAGGUCAAGGUCCCACUCAGAUUCAAAGACAGUUAA